UUUCCCCACCAUUUCCACCCAACAAACCACAGAAACAGGUUACGAGCUAGACUUAUUGGACGAGUUCGUUGACAAUUGUCUCCAACAAAGUAAAUUAGAGGCAAUAAUUAGCAGAAUGGAGCCCAAUCCGCAGAGGACGGCAUCGCAACUUCGCUCGUGGGCGAUUAAAACUGGAAUGGACGAUGAAAAUCUCUGCGAACUUUGGAAAAUUCUGCAGAAUGGAAUUUUCCCCGGGGCACCACCAGAAGAGAUAGGGCUGAAGGCUGAGGCACCGAGCUCCGACGAUGAGGAAUUCACUGCUUCAGACGAACCACCUGCUAAAGUUGCCCGGGUCUUUGCUGAUCCUCUUGACAUGAACGAUGCAUUUGUCACCAAAAAAGACCUUCAAGAUUUCCAGGCGAGAGUCGAUGAGAAAUUGGACGGCAUUUCGAGGAGUCAACAGAAAAUCCUAAAGCUCUUACUUGAACAGAAGAGAGACAAGGAAACUUUGGAGGCAUUGCAGAGCGGUACCUUCGGGGAGUCUUUCUCCCAGAUUUAUAAUAUUCCCUUUCCACUGCCUACGAUGGAAAAUCUCCUGGACCUGGAUGAAAAGCUUCUGAUUGAGGAUUGCCAACGAGAUUUCAUGAAAUUGCUUCAGUUUUUCUGGAAUCCAAAGGAAACAUCGGUAUCGAAGCAAGCACUGGCGAUUCUUUCACGACUUCUCGACAGAGAAGUCGCAAUGAGAUUAACUGCAGUCAAAAAGACUGGGGACAAGAUCACUCUCAAGAGCAUCAGCAAUGUCUGGACUUGCAUUGCUAAUUUAUUCGAGAUAAAGGGUACUUGGUGCUUCGAUGAUGUCGAAACAGGAUUGGGAAAAGUCCUCACACGAGCCUCAGACUGGAAUGGUAAACGUCCUCACCGAUCGAAAAAUCCUACAUAAUUAAAGUCCCUUUUUAUUACUUUGUUAAGACUUCGAAUGGCUCUUUAAGAUUCCAGAGAUGAUAAUUAACCAGAUUUUAUCGUCUUCGAUGUUAUUACUCGUUUCAAUGCUCCAUUAAUACUUUAAGAAACUUCAAGCAAAGAAAAGUAUCCUCUCAUCAAAAGAUUGUAGAUCAUAAAAAUAAAUUAUUUCCAUCAAUGUUUGUAAUUUUUGCGCAAUUUAUUUUUAAUCUUUCAAUUCAGUUUUGAAACUCGUGGGAAUGGCAGGCCUCGCCUGCGGCGCAGCCCAUCAACUUCCCGCGAUUAGAAAACCCCAUUAAUAUAAUUAUUCUUUCAUUUUAACUCACGGCAAUCAAUAUUAAUAUUAAAAUUAUAAAACUUCUGAUAAUUACUUUCUGUAAGUUAAAUAGAUUCGAAAUAGCAGAAGACUCAUUCCCCGAUACCUUGUUAUAAUUAUUAUAAUCAUCAAUUCAGUAGUGAAGUGGUAAAUCGGUAUAAGUCGGUUGUGACUAUUCCCCAGUUUUCAAUGAAUAUCUCAAAAUCUAAGGGAAAUAGCAAAA